GUCUCUGCUAUUUAUGAAAACAUGGACACAGUAAUUGAUACAGGAGGUAGGAAAGCCAAUUAGAGAAGCAAAGUCCGAAAUAGCCUACUAAUGACAAGUAACCUAAUGCUACGGUUGUUGUUUUGAACAUUGUGCACUAAAACUGCUGCAAGAUCUGCAAUGCCAUUAGCUUCCAUUCGCAUUUCAAUUAUAUUCAUACAUUUGUAACAUAAAAAUAGAAUAUAUUCUAACGGUUGAUCUGUGAGAUUGUGUUCAUGUCAAUGCAAAUGCCAUGCUGUCAGAGAUUUGUGCUCUUUCCUCUAAAGUGGGAGGAUCUUUGUGCGUUGAGUCACGCAGCUGUCAAAGAUAGCUGUCACCCAGUUUCGUGAUCAAACACACAUUGAAUGAGAAAGGUUUCGCCAAGUCGAGCAGCAGAUUUCAGGUAGCCUACUCCUGGUUAAAGUAUUACGUCUCAAACAAAUGAAAAAGCCGACGAACGGUUCUACAAACAAAAAGAAAUCCAUGAACAAAACCAUUUGGAAUAUACGUGUGGAAUAUCCUGAGAAAAAGAUCUGCCACUAAAGGAAUACAAUUCGAGAAAAAAAUAGGUUACUGCGCUCCUCUCGUGGCCAACGUGAAAAGGGUUUUUUUGACGGACAUGAAGACAAAAAAGGGCAUGAUGAUGUUGUCUGGUAGUGAGACGGACGACGAGGACAGCAUGGACUCCCCCCUGGAUCUGUCAUCCAGCACGGGAGGUAGCAGUGGGAAGAGGAAGAGGCGUGGGAAUCUACCCAAGGAGUCGGUGCAGAUCCUCAGGGACUGGCUCUAUGAACAUCGCUACAAUGCUUACCCCUCUGAACAGGAGAAAGCCCUGCUCUCAAAGCAGACGCAGCUCUCCACACUGCAGGUUUGCAACUGGUUCAUCAAUGCGCGUCGUCGGCUCCUCCCGGAGAUGCUGCGGAAAGAUGGUAAAGACCCCAACCAGUUCACCAUCUCUCGUAAGGGCAGCAAGGGAGGCGACGGGGGCUUCUCUGAAUCCAGCUCCCAGUCGCCCAAGCACGCCACAGCCGCCACGGGCCCAGAGGACAGCUACGACCAGCGGGCGCUGCACCCCUCCAGCUUCGAGGCAGGCCUCCCUAGCCCCAGCGUCCUGCAGAAGGCCAUAUCGUCCCCUAAGAUGUCCCCCUCCUCCUCCCCGGGGCCUGCCACUACAGUGCCCCCCCGGCCCUCGGUCAUCUGUCACACCACUGUCACCACCACUGCCAUGCAGAAACAGGGCUCCAGCCCUCCCUCCUCCCUCUCCUGCUUACUCUCCAGCAGGAAAACAGACCACAGUAGGGCUGCAGAGCUGCUGCAUUCCACCACAGAAGCACUGGGGCUCUUCAGAUGCCAGGAGGAAGGGCUGGGCGCCUCGGCAAUGACCACCACCAUAGAGGGUAACCUGAGCCCCCAGAGUGGGCUCUUCAAUACCCCUCCCCCCACCCCUCCAGACCUCACACAGGACUUCAGCGGCUUCCAGCUCCUUGUGGAUGUGGCCCUCAAGCGGGCGGCAGAGAUGGAGCUGCAGGCUAAACAACUGGUGUCUUAAAGAGAAAGUGGCGGGAAAGAGAUGUUGUCCCUAAUGGAACUCCUAGCAUGAGUUUAGUGGCUUCAGUGACUGCGCAACAAACACAACACAAAAAGCCGAAUUAUUUCUUAUUUUUGGUAUACAAAUCAUAAAUGAUGAUUGUUUUUGUACAAAACUGUAUCAAGGUGCCUUUGCUGUUAGUUCUUUUUUUAUUUUGUCAUAUAUACGUGUAUCUAUGUGUGUCUUUUUUGCAGACGGGACCAAAAAAAUAUUGACAGACAAAAAAAAAAUGCUGGCUGUCUUAUAACUUUUCCUAUGGAUUUUAGUAGAGCAAGGCAUGAGAGCGUACAAGUGUUCUGCGGAUGAAGGAGGGUGGUUCUCCUCUCCUCCACACAGACCUAAUCCCCCGUGAUGGGAUAUGUAGUUUCACAGAGCUAUCCCCCCAUGGGAUAUGUAGUUUCCAGAUGUGUUUUACAUUUCAGAGAUCAGUUUGAGAUGGCUCCCACUCGGCCUUUCGCACAAUAGGGCCGAGUUAGGGUCCCCAUCUCAUCUCAGUGUCUUAAAACAUACUUUGCUCUUGGCAUCGAUGAUGAACUUUAUCACUACUGUAGUAAGUGUUCUGUGUUUUUUCAUGAUAAGGGUAUAGUUUUUGUUGGACUUUUUUUAUAUCUUUCCUUUUGAUAUUUUAAAAGAAAGUAAACCUCUCGUUUUGGUUUUGAUUAAGCGUUUUCCUAUACCGAGGGAUCAUUCAGAUGAACAAUGUAGCAGGUUCCUUGUCUGAGCCUUCCUCCCCUCCUCACUUCGUGGGCUGUCCCAAAUGGCACCCUAUUCCAGAUAUAGUGCACAAAAUUAGUACAAAGUAGUGCACUAUAUCGGGAAUAGGGUGCAAUUUGGGACACAUCAUGUGUAGCGACGGCCAGUGAAUUUCAAUUGGAAGAAUAACACUAAGAUUUGUUUUGCAUUUGUGAUGUCACCAGCAGCGGAAACAAUAGAGCAUUUUCUAAAUCACCAAAAAGCGUUUUAUGUACAAAAAAGGACCAUGUUUGUGUAUAGCUAAUGUGACAUAACGCCCAAUGAUGUGAUUUAUUUUCAUACUGUGCAAUGUUUGUGGCAAAUAGGGGUCACAUAUGGGAUUUAAAUAAAGUUUUGUUUUCUACAUAA